AUGAGGCGUUCGUUAUUCCUUCGAAUCCACGACGCAGUCGUCGAACAUGACAAGUACUUCGUCCAAAAGAGGAAUGGUGCUGGACAGUUAGGACUAUCUAGUCUUCAAAAGAUUACUGCAGCUAUGUGGAUGCUUGCAUAUGGAGCAUCCGCUGACUCCGUUGAUGACUACGUUCGGAUCGGUAAAAGUACGUCGCUUGAGAGCGUGAAGAGGUUCGUUCGAUCGAUUAUCAACAUCUUUGGAGAGGAAUACCUUCGUGCACCGACUAAUGAAGACGUUGCACGCCUGCUCGAGGAAGGCUCACAACGAGGUUUUCCUGGUAUGCUUGGGAGCAUCGACUACAUGCACUGGACAUGGAAGAACUGUCCAGCUGCCUGGCAAGGUAUGUAUCCUGGACAUUUUCAUGAACCCACAAUUAUUUUGGAGGCCGUAGCUAGCAAAGAUCUUUGGAUAUGGCAUGCCUUCUUUGGACUACCGGGGUCUCACAAUGACCUUAAUGUUCUACAUCGUUCACCGGUUUUCGCACAACUUGCGGAGGGAAGAGAUUCACCGUGCAACUAUACUGUCAAUGGCCACGAGUAUAAUAUAGGAUACUAUCUCGCCGAUGGGAUUUACCCAGAGUGGUCGACAUUAGUGAAGACUAUUCCAGCACCUCGAGGAAACAAGCAUAAGUACUUUGCUCAACAACAAGAAAGCGCAAGAAAAGAUGUUGAGCGAGCUUUUGGCGUGUUGCAAGCUCGAUUUGCGAUUGUUCGUGGACCAGGACGUUUCUGGCAACCUUGUGUGCUGAAAGACAUCAUGACAGCUUGCAUCAUAAUGCAUAACAUGAUCGUUGAAGAUGAACAUGAUUGUCAAUUGGACAACAACUUCGACUUUACUGAUUCGGAAGAACUAAUGAGGAUGCGAUGCGAGUACAAUAUAUGA